GCGCGGCUGUCGGUGCCCUGCGCUUGGCUGACCUGGACCCCGCUGCGCUCCCGGCUCUCUCCGCGCCCCAGACCUGGUUAUUCAAAAGUGGAUUGUUUUGAAAAUAAAGUACCCUGUGAAGACAUCAGAGGGAUUCACUCCUGUCGUCUUAAGUCUCUGAAGGCAGAGCUGAAAGUUUUCCUGGGAAGUUCUCUCUCCCUCAGUGAAACCUUGACUCCCAGGAUGAUCCUGUCUAACGCCACGGCUGUGACACCCUUGCUGACCAAGCUGUGGCAGGGGACAGUUCAACCGGGCAACAACACAUCCAACCUGGCCCGCAGGUCCCUGGGCCAUGAUGAUGGCAAGCUGGCGGCACUGUACAUCCUCAUGGUGCUUGGCUUUUUCGGCUUCUUCACCCUGGGCAUCAUGCUAAGUUACAUCCGCUCCAAGAAACUGGAGCACUCCCAUGACCCGUACAAUGUGUACAUCGAGUCUGACACCUGGCAGGGGCAGGACAAGGCGUACUUCCAGGCCCGGAUUCUGGAGAGCUGCAGGGCGUGUUAUGUCAUUGAAAACCAGCUGGCUGUAGAACGACCCACUGCAUACCUUCCUGAGAUGAAGCUGUCAUCCUGACCCCGAGACUGGUCAGAAUUGGACAAAGCCUCCCUGAUGAUCUGAUUUUUCCAAUUACAUGUUCCUUAUAUUCUU